AUGGCUUCCGGUGCGGGCCCGACGACUCUACCGCACAGGAGCGUGGCCAACAUCCGCUCAGGGCCUUCACAGGGGCCGCCUGGGCCAUCCAGCCCCCAUACGCCUCCGCGGAACAUCGCCUCGGUAUACGGCUCACCGUCUACUGUUAGAGCCGACGAUGAGAUCAUUGUCGUUGAGAUAGGCUCGCGGUUCAUUCGAGCUGGCUUCGCGGGCGACUCACUACCUAAGGCGACGGUGCAGUGUGGCCCUGAGCAGCAGAGGCGAGCAGGCGACUUCAGGGCAUGGCAGACUCUGGCGCGGAAGCCGGGGCAGGCAUGGGCUGCAGAGCAUGAGAUCUGGCGAUAUGACCUGAGAGAGGUGGACAUUGGUCUCGUUAGAGAUAAGCUUGACCGGCUACUGAGAGACGCAUUCACCAAGCACCUUCUUCUUGAUUCAAGGCCGAGGAGGACGGCCCUGGUUUUGGAUUCUGACCUACCACUCCCCCUCGUUUCAGCGGUGCUUGACACGGUAUUUGACAGAUUUCAGACACCAAUGGUGUCUUUACUGUCCUCAGCCACGAUGUCUACCGUGGCGGCAGGCACGCGUUCAGCUCUCAUUAUCAACAUGGGUUGGUCAGAGACAGUCAUUACUAGUGUCUAUGAGUAUCGUGAAGUCAAAACUACGCGUACUGUUCGUGGAGGGAGGCAUCUGUUGGAUGAGCUCUAUAGCAAGCUCCUGCUUCCCCUCGUCACGGACGAGCCCCAGCAAGACAAUGCAGACCGUGUUAUCAGUUUCGAGGAAGCCGAAGACAUCAUGUGCCGACUAAUAUGGUGUCGGCCCUCUGCGUCUAGGCUCUCUCAAAGGGAUUCAGCCCAGCUAGAGACGGUGGAAGAACAAGACGAGUCUGAUGUGGAAACACCAACCAACGCCACGCCGUCCACUGGCACUACCCAAGUCCCAUUCAACUCAACGGUCCCCCCUCGAACUGUGGAUGUGGCCUUUGAGAGCCUGGGCAACGUAUGCGACGAUGCUUUCCUUGACCCCUCAGCUCCGGCCGCGAGCUUCGACGACCAUGAACUUCCGGUCCACCUCCUAGUGUACCAACAUCUUCUCCAGCUUCCCAUAGAUGUGAGGGCCAUUUGCAUGUCCCGAAUCAUCUUCACGGGCGGGUGUUCAGCCAUUUUGGGGCUGAAAGAGAGGAUCGUGGAUGAGGUCUCAAGCAUGAUCGACCGAAGAGGAUGGGAGCCUGUGUCCGGUAAAGGGGCUGAGAAGCACAACCAGAAGCUUCAAGGGCGAGGUGCAAAGGAUUCCUCACCUGGCGAGACCUCCCCGCCUGAUCUAGCUAGCCGGGUUGAGUUCGCUCUCAACCCAGCAAAUGCCGAGCCUGAGUACGAUUCCGUCGAGGCCAAAAUUGAUCGGUAUCGCUACCACUCUCAGCCGGUUAAAGGAAAGCUUCGGGCGCUCCAUUCAUUGGGUCCAUGGGCGGGAGCAAGCCUCAUGUGCCAGUUGAAGGUAUCUGCCAUGGCAACCAUUGACCGCGAACUCUGGCAGCAACAAGGGUCUCUCGGGGCCUCCAAGCCAAACGAAGUAGAUUUCAAGGCCCAGCAACGACAGAGUAUGGGGGCAGGAGGGUUGAUCAGGGGUAGCGGAGGGCAUCACAUGAAUUGGACGCUGGGAGCUUGGGGGGCGGUCUGA